AUGAACCACAUAGUUGUAGCCGCUGUAUUUGUGGCUAUUUCCUGCUCUCUCGUUUUUACACAAGAAAUUUCAUUACCAAUUACUUUCAAUCCAAAUGCACACCGAUUCAAUUCUUCAUUAAGUGUGAGAGGAACAGGAACUGUCAAAAUUCCUGUCACCCAAGCAGAUAUUACUCUCUCCGUAGAAGCUCAAAGACCCACUGCUACAGAAGCGCAACGACAAGUAGGUGAAGCCUCCUCUCGUGUGGUUCAAGUGUUGCAACAAAUGGAUUAUGUAUUCAAAUUGAGAACCUCCACCAUUUCAUUAUAUCCAGUGUAUUCGUAUAAUGAGAGUUCUAAGGAAAGCUUUGUGAGUGGUUAUCGUUCAUCGAAUACAAUUUCAUUCUCUCUGAGUGAGUUGAGAAAUACUGGUGCCGUGUUGGAUAAAUUAGUGGAAUUGGGAGUGAACUCUAUUAGUGGAAUGAAUUUGGUUGCGAACGAAACGCAAAUUGCUCAAGCUAGAAACAAGGCCAAUGAAUUGGCUGUACAAGAUGCAAUGGCUAAAGCAAGUCGAGUGUUGAGUGCCAUCUAUGACGCUGCCUCGAUGGAUGCGUUGAAACAACGAUUGGAAAUUACCGAAGUCAAUAUUGAAGGAAAUGCUCCUGUUGGUAUUCCUCUCCCAAUGUACAGUGCUGCUGGAGCUGACAGUAGCAAGUUUGUGGCAUCGGCAGCUAUUCCUGUGGUUGGGGGAGAUCAAACCAUUGAGUCCUAUGUAUCCCUCAAAUUGCAGUAUUAA